CGUGUAUUUGUUUAGUCUUCAGAGUGGGGAACACACAAGGGUGGAACCGGACCUACGCGUUUAGCGUUGACGUUUUAUUUGUACUACAGCAUCCGCGUUUCGCUAGCAGCUAACCCCAAAGCAUAAACAGUCAACAAAGGUGGACCACAUACUGUUGUUCGCGGACAGAAAAACCAGAUUUCCUGCCUCGGGGGCACUUUUCUACAGCCGUAUGGAAUCAGCGGAAUCCCUUUCGGACUGUCUACUCGCUAGAACCGGCUUAAGUGCCUAGCUCUGCUAGCAGGCUAGCUUAACUACCGACCACUACACUAACUGGACGCUGACCUGAAUGGAGCUGUCAAAUCCGCUGAAGACAUAUAGUAUAAACUUGUAACUAGUCGGGUCUGCUUAUAGACGGUGCUAAUCAUACUUUGUUCUUCGAGGAAUUACUGAAAGAAACUAGAUAGGGUACAAUUUCCUUGUUUCAAUGGCUGCUAGUACUAUGUGUUUAGCGAAAUUUAGAUACUAGGCUACGCACCGAAAGAUAGUUAGGCUGAGCAAGGUGUUGAGCAAAGAGCCAAGUUAGCUUUGCCAGAAUUAUGAAUUGUCUCAUAAAAAUGACGAUAUUUUAGCAACAUUCGAAUUAUUGUGACUGUGAGAACAGUUUAUGGCUAGCAGGCUGUCUAGCGUUCUGUAUAUAGGCUGUUCAUACGCUAUUUAUCCGCCAACUGUCAACACUUUCACAGCUGCAGUUGUCGCCAGUUGUGUAAACGGCAGUGUGUUUAUCUAACCUUAACUGCACCUGCGUAUGCCGACGUGUCACAUUUAACUUGUGACCCCAAGGCUCAGGUGUUGUGACGGUGAACGGUGCAGCACUCAGGGGAGCGAACUUGACACGACCAGUGGAAGUGUCGGUUGUGUUUGUAACAUUGUUGCAACUGUCUGAGAUAAACAAAGUAGAUUGUAUUAUUUUACCAUUCGCCAUAUCAUCGAUUUUAUUUCACACAAUCCAAAAUUUCUUGAAACAGCCUUGCAGUUUGACUUUAAACCUCUGUCAGUUCUCUCCCAUCACCUCCACUUCAUGACGAUUUGUACUGUAUGGUUUAAGACUGGAGAAUGGCAGAAUAAGGAAGUAUACAUGGGUGGAACUAAACUUAAAAGUAACUCGGCCUUUGUUCUUAUACACUGACUGCUUUAUGUUACAGUGUGUGAGGGCUGAGGAUCUGUGGGCCGUGUAGGCUGUCUAGCGCCAGCUUCCUGUCUGAGGAGCAGUACUUCCUGUCUCAGGGGCAGUACUUCCUGUCGGUGGUGUCUCAGUGACCAGUUGAUGAGAGAGUGCAGGUGUGUCUGUGACCAGGUGAUGUCUGGGUUAUAACCAGGGAGACAGCAGGGGUUGUUGCCAGGGAGACGGCUGUGUGGUUGCCGGGGAGACGGCUGUGUGGUUUCCGAGGAGAGCGCUGGGCGGUAGGUAGCGAGCGAUGUGGGUGCGGUUACCUGUUCACCUGGCCAGCAUGCAGGUGGUCGUCAUGCCGACCAUGUUGCUGCUGGGAACACUGUGCAGCCUGGGCGACUGUAUGACCCGGGGCGAGAGACACCGACUCAGGGAUCAAGUGGUCGAGAUGUUUGAUCACGCUUAUCAGAAUUAUAUGGACCAUGCGUACCCAGCAGACGAGCUGAUGCCCCUAACCUGCAGAGGGAGGGUGAGGGGGCAGGAGCCCAGCAGGGGGGAUGUGGACGACGCCCUGGGGAAGUUCUCUCUCACCCUCAUAGACACUCUGGACACACUGGUGCUGCUGAACAAGACAGUGGAGUUUGAGGCGGCGGUGAGGAGGGUGUUGGCUGACGUGCGUCUGGACAACGACAUCGUGGUGUCUGUCUUCGAGACCAACAUCCGAGUGCUGGGAGGGCUGCUGGGGGGCCACUCCAUGGCGGUGAUGCUGAAGGAGGGGGGACGUCACAUGGGCUGGUACCAGGACGAGCUGCUGCACAUGGCCAAGGACCUGGGGUUCCGACUCCUGCCUGCCUUCAACACCAGCAGCGGUCUGCCCUACCCCCGGGUGAACCUGAGGCGGGGGGUGCUGGGUCCUGACACCAGGACAGGCACUGAGACAGACACCUGCACGGCCUGCGCAGGGACCCUCAUCCUGGAGUUUGCUGCUCUCAGCCGCUUCACACAAGACCCCGUGUUCGAGAUACACGCCAGGAGAGCCAUGGACUUCCUGUGGGAGAAGAGACAGAGGAACAGCAACCUGGUGGGAACCACCAUCAACAUCCACUCUGGAGAGUGGGUGAGGAGGGACAGCGGGGUGGGGGCAGGGAUAGACUCCUACUAUGAGUACCUGCUGAAGGCCUACAUCCUGUUAGGAGAUGACCUCUACCUGCAGCGCUUCAACAUCCACUAUGCGUCCAUCAUGAAGUACAUCAGCCAGCCUCCCCUGCUGCUGGAUGUGCACAUCCACAAGCCCCUCCUCCCAGCUCGCACCUGGAUGGACUCCCUGCUGGCCUUCUUCCCCGGCCUCCAGGUGUUGAAGGGAGAUAUACGUCCUGCCAUUGAAACACACGAGAUGCUGUAUCAGGUGACCAAGAAACACAACUUCCUCCCUGAGGCCUUCACCACAGACUUCAGGGUCCACUGGGCACAGCACCCUCUCAGACCAGAGUUUGCAGAGAGCACCUACUUCCUGUACAAGGCCACUAAGGACCCGUACUACUUGGAGGCGGGCCGCUCGGUGCUGGACAACCUGAACCGCUACGCCCGGGUCCCCUGUGGCUUCGCUGCCAUGAAAGAUGUCCGCACAGGCAGCCAUGAGGACCGGAUGGACUCGUUCUUCCUAGCGGAGAUGUUUAAGUAUCUCUUCCUGCUCUUUGCUGAUGAGGAGGAUCUGCCCUUUGAUGUGGAGGACUACAUCUUCACCACUGAGGCCCACCUGCUGCCCCUGUCCCUGUCUACUGCCCUCCCUGCGCCCCCCCCCAACACCACCUCAGAGGAGGAGCUGGACCACUCUAACUCUGAUUGGACGUGCCCAAACACACGCCUCCUCUUCCCUGACCCCGCCUACCCCCGGAACCUUCGAGACCCAAUCAGGAGCGCUGUGGACAAGAGCUGUCCCCGCCCCUCCUUCCUCAGGGAGCCGGGCCUGGGCAGAGCGCCCCUCAGAGCGCAGGAUUUCAUGGCCAACAACCCUGAACACCUUGAGCUGCUGGCCCGCAUGGGAGUCAGCCUCAUCCACCUGAAGGACGGGAGAGUCCAGCUGGUCCAGCAUGCUGCGCAGGCGGUGAGUGCGGUGGCGUCAGAGGACGGCGUGAGGUUCAUGCAGGAGAUGAUGGAGCUGUCCAGCCAACAGCAGAGGGACCAGCUGCCCCCCCGCGCCGUGCAGAUCAUCUCACACCCCUUCUACGGCAGAGUGGUACUGACCGCAGGGCCCGCUCAGUUUGGGACGGACCUAUCCAAGAGCAGCACGGGGGUGCGUGGUUUCGUGGUGGUAGCAGAGCCGUACUCUGGCUGUGGGGAGCUGGCCAACGCGGGGCUAGUGCAAGGACGCGUGGCCCUGCUGCAGAGAGGACAGUGCAUGUUUGCUGAGAAGGCCAGACACAUUCAGAGAGCUGGGGCACUGGGGGGCAUCGUGAUAGAUGACAAUGAGGGCAGCAGCAGCGACACGGCCCCCCUCUUCCAGAUGGCAGGAGACGGACGCAGCACAGACGACGUCACCCUGCCCCUCCUCUUCCUGUUCCACAAGGAGGGCAACAUCCUGUUAGACGCCCUGAAGGAGUACAGGGAGGUGGAGGUGUUGCUAAGCGACAAGGCCAGAGACAGAGCAGCCAUAUUUAAAGGUGAACCGAUACCUGGCACCCUGCUGGAGAACAGUGUGGAACAGCAAGAGGAACAGGAUUGUUCUCCAGAGGAAAGCUCUGCCUCUGUCCCCGCCCCCUCAUCACUUGUGGACCAGUCACACAUCAGCACGGUGGAGGUGGACCAAUCAACUCUGGAGGAGACGGCGGAGGCGGGACCGGAGGCCGUACCUGGCGCUGAGAGAGACUCUGAGCAGGGGGAGGAGCCAGAGGUGGACUUGAACUCGAACAGCCAAUCAGUGGACGCGCUGUUAGCUGAUUGGCGGGAGGACCUGGAAGCGUUUAAGCAGAUGGAGAAGGACGAGCUCUGACGAUCCCCUCCACCCCCCAUCUCCCCCCUCCCCCCAGAGUGGCUCUGGUCUAGCCACCUUCUCCACCACCCCACCCCCCCCUUCCAACCCUGUAGGACAGUCUUAGAGAAGGAGGGAGGAAGCUUAAAUGGAGGACAUGAGUCUCUCGCUCUCCCUCUCUCUCUCUCCCUCUCCUCUCUCUCUGUUUCCCUCUCCUCUCUCUCUGUCUUUCUGGUCUAGGAAGUCUAUCUAGGAGGGAACUGAGUCAGUUAAUUUCUGUACUGAGUGGUCAGUUGUGGUUGAUUGAUUCAUUGGUUGAUUGGUUGGUUUAUUUAACUGUGAUAAUGAUUAUGUUUACUUUAUCUUUAGUGGGCCUUAUUGAGGGGUCAGUCUAAUGAAGCCGUACUGUGACUUGCUAACGCUAGCCUAGCACUGGCGCGUCCUGCAAGAAGUACGUGUAUAUGACUGUAAAUAUGUAUUUGUCAGUUAUUUCGGAGGUGGUUUGAUAUACACCGCUGCUUUGAUCAGGUGUGGGUCAGUAUAAUUGAUCACAAUCUCUUUUAACGAACAUGGACCGGACGGACUUUUUACUGCCCUCUCCGUGUCGUCAUGGGGACGGUAGAGGGUGCAGUACUAGUGGCGGCCAUCGGAGGGGGGCCUUUCCUCCAUAAAGCAGCAACAUACAGGAACCGCUAAACCGACUGGAAAACUAAGCAAAAACAAGCCAAUAAGUUAACAGUUACGUUUAAUAAAAUUGAUAAACAGCUGUUAAAGUGCCUGAUAAUUAAUUAUAAUUUCACCAAAAUGUC